AUGGCCGAACUAUCGGGUGUCGUGCGAGCUAUCAAUGACCUUGUUGUCAGAAUUGAAAGGUUGAAUGAUCCAAGCGAAAUCGGGUCAGUAGUUUUAAGGUUAGAUUACAUCACCAGGAUGCUGGUCAACCUCGAUGUGGCGGACGACAUUGUGAAUACAAUGAGUUGCUUGCACGAGACUGUGCUGGCGAUCGAAGCAGACAGCAGCUCUCCAGUUGGCCAAGGAUAUCGGACGCAAUUAAAUCGUGCUGGACGUCGAGGAUGACUCUCGUUUGAUAAAAAAAGGGAACUGUUAUCGUGUUUAUCGGAGCAAGGCUUGAAAGAGAAAGAAUGCAGUGAUUUGUUAGGAGUUGGACAACGAACUGUCGAAAGGAGAAUGUCGUCGUUCGGUCCAAGUGUCUCUGGUGAGAGAUUUUCUGUUCUGUUUUAUAGUUUUGAUUGUAUAUUGUAUAUAUUUUAAUGUAAUCAUGUCUUCUGACGCUUCGUGUUAAUGAAGGUGCUUGAGAGGCAGUCCGCGUAAGAACCAACCACUCGAAUUUAGGCGCAUCACAGAAUUCCUUGAAAUUUUUACUUUAAUUUUGCGACGAUAUAUAUGCAAGGACGUUCUAAGACAAAGAAAAUUGUUUAUUUCAGAGUCAAUUUUAAGCUUUUCGAUGAGGGCUCCAAAACUUGACGCAUUCGAUCAAAUGACACAAAACGGACAUAUUGUAUAAUUUUACGUUUCUGCUAUUGAUUGAUGGCAAAAUAUCUAAAAUCUGACACAACAAUCGAGGAUUACGCUGCUUCAAAAAUACCACUCAGACAGCCCAUUUCAAAUUUGAGCUAGCGUGCUGUUGUUCCAAGAAGCUUUGCUCAAAAGUUUAACGGGAUCUGGAGUCCUGACCACUAUCCGUGUUUAGCACUAGGGCUAGUGUUUCAAAAAAAAGAAAAAAAUUUUUGGGAACUAGUCUUUUGAGCUGGAGGUGCUCGAUAGACUUUGCUAACGGUCCAUGGUCAAAGUGCGCAUGACAGUUUAUGCACAUUUGUGGUUACUUCCUUCCUCUUUAUGAAGAAAUUACUAUUUUGAAAACUAGCUAAGCUUUUUUGUUAAGGCAAGGAAUCCAUAAAAUUCAUUAAAAUAUGGCUCAAAAUUAUAAAUUAAAAAGGCAUAAAAGAAAGUCUUCUGUGAAACAUUAUGCUAAACUGUCUCAGGCAGACUGUAAAAAAACAUGUUGACAAAAUUCCAUUCAGUUAGUCCUGACCAAUCUUAUGCUGGAUUAAGAAGAGCCUAUUCAUAGGAUGUCAGGACGAAGACAACUUUGUGUUUACCUGAGCUUGAAGAUGUUGAUUUCAGUCAUGUAACACUGCAAUGCUUUUGACAUUUAGAAUAUCACGGACCCAUUUUCAACAACAUUGAACACAUGAACAGUGAGACAUAACAGUUAUCGAAUAGAAAAGGUUGAUGUCAAAAGUGAUACUAUUCCAUCUUUGUGGUAAUUUAUACUAAAAUUUACCUUGUUAUGUACCAAAAACUGUAACUUUGUUACAGACAUAGUUACCAAAGAUGUUGAUUACCAGCAAGCACCUUGUAAUGCCAUGUUUUUCAGUGGUACAACAAAGUAGUAAACAAAAAGCAGUACAAAUUGAGUGGCAUCUUAAAGUCUUAUGAAUUAUUAUUUCCCUUUUCAUUUUGACUAUCACCUUCAAGUGGUUUAAUUUUUGGAUGUCUAUUUGCAUUUUUAAAUUUGAAGGGGCCCUUUAGAUGUGAUUAUAAUCAAUCAUCAUGAGUAUGCAAUUUAGAGAGAUUUGUUUACAUCAUGUGAUUUUCAAUAGGACUUUAAAAUAUAUAGUCAUUUGAGUCGGCAGAAGAAGUUGUGGUUACAUUUGUGUGUCCAUUGCUGUGUAGUCUUCACUGUGUAAGAACCAACCACUCGAAUUUAGGCACAUCACAGAAUUCCUUGAAAUUUUUACUGUGAGAUGAUUAGCUAAUCCUAUCGGCAAAAAUCGCAUUUAUUUGGCUCGUAGUGCUAUUUCGCCAAUCUUCAUUGGUAACCAAAAGUGUCAAAACAGAGGCUGCAUCUGAUCCUGGAGUCCAGCCACAUGUAGUUGGAGCUUUAAGGAAUGGAGUCGAAGGGGCAAUGCAGCUUAUGGUUUCAAUACCAGCAUCUUUAGCAGGUCUGUAAAAAAAACAAGCAAACAAAAAAAACUGAAAAUGGGCAUGUAUUUGGUUGCCUUAUGUUUUGAUUCCCACCAAAGGAAAUUAAAAACAAACAAACAGAUUGUUACUAAAACACAUCUUUGAGGUAACACAUGUUGUCUAGUUUCCUCAGGGUACAACCAAUCCUUUUUUGGGAAAUGUCUUUGCUGUAUAUCUUUCUGCAGUCUGAGCAGAUUGCUAGUAAUUCACACCUAAAUGAUUUCUGUCCAAUCAACACUAGGAAUGUUAAAACUGGGAUGGGGCACUGGGAUUGGAACAAAAUUAAGGCUGGGAGAGUAAGAUGCUUUCGUGACUGUUUUUUUUUUUUGGAGUUGCAUGACUUUUGCGAUUGACAACCUCGUUUUGAAAUUAUGUGAGCCUCAGUUCAAAUUACGUACCUUGUGGAAAAUACGCAUUGGUGACGUUUUUAGAGAGAAGAGAUUUUGAGUUGUAUACAACAUUUUAUGAAGAUUAAACCUUUAAUUCGAAAAACUUUAAUGAGUUAUUUUGUGUCUCUGGAAAGCGAAAUGUUGGUUCCCACAAUGUAUACCCAAUUGUAUCCAUCUGCUUUUCCCUCCUACCCCCACCACACCCUCUUUUCAGGGGACCUCUAAAUAAGAACCCAGUUUCCCCUCUUGGAAGACUUCAGCAACAAUAAAAACCUCUGUUUCUUUUCUUACUUUAUACUUAACUCCCAAUAUAAGCCAAAGUAAUAGGUGUUGUGGACUCACUUGCAUGUAAAAUGUCAUGACAAAUACAAAGUGAUGAGAUCAACAGCAGUAUGCAAUAAAAGUUAAACCCAUUGGAACCUAUGCUUUGUCUGUAAUGGCUAAAACCAAUCCUUACAAGGAGCAUUUCUCUUCUCCAAUUUCCAGAUUAGUAAAAACAGCUUGAAAAUUGAUUAAUUCAUAUGGUGUCUCCCAUGAUAUUUUUUAUUUCUCUUGCUGUCUUGAAAUUAACAACAUAUGUUCCAAAAAUUGCUGAUUUUCUUUCUUCAUGUCUUGGAUAUUGGCAAGUUUUCAGCACUUGCCAGUACUUUUCAGCACUUGCCGGAAGAUUUCAAUUACAUCUAAAAUUUGAUCUAGAGUGGUGCUAAAUUUAUGAUUUUAUAAGUUAGGUGCGGUCACAUUUUAUGCCCCAUUUAAACUUUGAGAACCAUAUUUCAUUAGGCAGCUCUCCUGUGGUUAAGACUGCCUGAUUAGAAUGGGACAAUACAGACACUUCGAAAGCUACUGUUACGAUCUUUCAUUUUGACGAAUUUCUCUGGAGAGCCUCGUUUCUUUUCAGAGGGCGUCUGCCUUAGUUUCCCCUCUGCAGCUUGGCGUGGUCAAGAGACCUCUUGUGGAAGUGUUCUCGUCCUUCAAAAAUUCUCGCUCUCUUUUUUUUCUCUCGUACUCUUCACAAGGCUUUGUUCAGUAUUAAUGCAGAUUAGCAAACACAAUAUUACGGUGAAUUGAGAACGCGUAAGCGCUCGGAAUGGUCACAAUCAGACUUCAUGAUGAUUUUUGGCCCUCGUCAGCGGCUAGUGAUAAAACCCGAAUAGUGACUGAAUAGUGCGAAUAGUCGCGAAUAGUGACGAAUAGUGACGAAUAGUGACGAAAGUGAUGAAUAAUGACGAAUAGUGGCGAAUAGUAAAAAUAAAUGAAUUAAUAAUUAUGAAUUAAUAGUGAAAUAAAAAUAUUUAUUGCCCUAUUUCAUAGAUUUAUUGGAUUUAAAUGUGUGUAUAUACGAUUAUUUGACAAAAAAGACACAGGAUAACAUAUGAAUUGUGUUUCAAUCAUGUAUAUCAUUAAAAUAGAGGUACUACUCAUCUGUUUCGCAAACAAAGGAGUUAAUCACCGACGCCGGAAAUCGCGAUCAGGUAUUCCUCGCGACUCCCCUAGGUUUGUUUUCCAAUUUGCCUGGGCCGCUGCCAAUCACUUCUUGCGUAAAACCAACGAAACCUGCGAAGUGGAACUAUGGUGGCUACUGUUGCUUGCCGAUAUUUACCGUCUGCAAAACGUAGAAGUCAGUUAUUGUGACCGAUUCUGCCCGAGAAAUUUUAUUGUCUGGAGCUUGGAUAUGUCAGGAGGAUUUCAUCAGACAGCUGGAUUACACCCCAUGUUGUGAAACCGUCGCGCUUUUUCUUCGCUUCUUUUGUCACAUGCAAAAAGGGAGACGUGAGGCAACUGAAAGAUGAUUCAUGCUAACCCGUGAGUAUCAUUUGGCACAGGCACGAGUCGACUCGACAGGCACACGCAUGACUUAACAGUGGAGGAUUGAAAACAGGAAUUGGCGAUAUUUUCAAUAACUAUUAUAGUCCCGGGUUUAGGUGUCAGUUUCACAUUCGCAUGACAAAAAAUUAAAGUACUGAUGGUCUGCCUUCCCCCUUGAUAAAAUGGUCCAAAAAAUUGUCCAAGGGUCCAAUGGUCCAGUCUACAUGUUACUCGAACCUUUUUCGUCAAAUAAUCGUUAUAUACACACAUUUGAAUCCAAUAAAUCUUGGAAAUAGGGCAAUAAAUAUUUUUGUUUCAUUAUUAAUUCAUUUACUUUUACUAUUCGCUACUAUUCGCUCUAUUCGGUCACUAUUCGGUCACUAUUCGCGACUAUUCGCACCAUUCGGCCACUGUUUGUCACUAUUCGCCUCUAUUCGCGACUAUUCGCGACUAUUCGGGACUAUUCGUCACUAUUCGUCACUAUUCGCGACUAUUCGCACAAUUCGGUCACUAUUCGGGUUUUAUCAUUGGCGAAUGUCUGUUCCCCAUGUCGACCCUUAGCGUAACUUGAUAUUAAUGAAACCGAUGAUUGUUUGAAAUUGACAUCAUUCCGUGAUAAUCGAUGUUGAUUACUCGACAAUUUUUAUUUUCAGCCCUGUCCUUGGUGAUUGCACGUGCUGUUGAGAAUAUUUGCUAAUUUGCUUCUUCGGCGUACAUGGCUAACUCACUCUUUUACCUCUAAUCCAGUUAAAAAACUGCUUUUGACUACGUUAACAUUAUAAAACAUCUUUGAAAAAUAUGUCAUGAAGUCACUGCUUUGAAUGACAAUCAUUCUCAACAAUGCACUAAUUUUUCAGCCUUGAGGUUUUUGGUUUGAUAUUUUUCGACCAUCGUUAAUUUGUUUAUUAUUUUUGUCGGCAAUCUAGAACUAUGUCUUAUGUUCUUAUAACCCUUGUAACAACUCACAAUUCAGAGAUCGAUUAAGAAAACCAAAAAAAACAAAACAUGGUCUAAGCCAGAUGGAAAAAGUUACCACACGUUUAAGCACGAAGCAACGGAAGUAUAAAAUAACAUCAGGAUUGAAAACAUUCAAAAAUAUUUUAUCGGUGAUAAAUAGCCACAAAGCUAUCCUCGCUCGCAAGGACUAACCACGUGCAAGCCAAGAGACCAAAGAUCAUAGUGAACAUUUCGGAAGCCAACUUGGGUAUCCUUUGAUAUCUUGAAAAGUUAAUCUCCGAAACAAGAGUAGAGCCAGAAGUAUGAGCCGUUUUCAGCUUACGCUGACUAUUCUGCUGUUAAUAGCUGCCCAUGGUAAGAGCGGUGCAUACUUUUAAAAUUAUUCAGAUUUAAUAUCAAUCGUAUAUCCGCAGUUCGGCCAAAUACUACACUGUACAGACAGUCAAACAUAUCUAACUGCGAAACUUACGGUUAAUCUUUUUCCUAUAUAUCCACAUUUAACUUUUUCACUAAUUCCUCUCUUAUCAUUACUACACCCUAUGUACCCGAAUCAACCUCUAUUGAUGAAUUUGCGCUGUCGCGAGCUAUCUACGCAAACUAUAUCUCUGAUAUUGAUAUCACUGAAAAAGGCGCUAACGCUAAAUUUUCAUGCAUUUGACAAGCUGAAAAAAAAUUUAGUCGUUUAGCCUAAAUAUUUUCAGUUUUUCAAUCACUACUCAAAGGAUCCCUGUGUAUUCUCUAAACUUAGGAAGGUCAAGAUCCACAGAAAGGACAUAGAUCCACUUAUGUUUUAAGUGUGAUUAAUAUCGAAGGUCGGCAUUUAGCAGAGAAUCGUUCUGGCCAGGAGCCCAUUAAUAGGCUCCUGUUCUGGCUUUUCCUGAUCUUUGAUACCUCCUUGUCGGUCGGUUGGUCAGUCAUUGAUAAAUUUAUCGAUAAAUCUUCGAACAAAUUGACACCAUGCCAUUUCUAUACCUUCAGGUUAAUUUAUACCAGUCGGAGCCGUCAAUAAAUACCUCAGCUAAAUAAAGAUUAUAAAAGAGAUUUAUGCUGUAUUGCUUCUUAGCAAGAAGAAAAUAGUAGGACAGAAUUAGACAAUCAGGGCGUUGGCCGGGUUUUGUCGAUUUCACCGUAGCUGUUUUUAGCACAUAGUAAAAACCGCAGUCUGCCUCCCCGGAUGACAUAUUUUUCCAUAUUUUCCAAAACCAUUUUCGAAAAAUCCAAAAACAAGUCAUUAUCUUCGCUGUUUGUCAAAACAUCAACUACUCCCAAGGGACCAAGGUUAUUUAGAGGAGGGUGUAGGUUUUUCCUGUUUCCUAAAGCGAAAUGGAAGUGUAUCUGGGCCCACGUCACUUCUUUUAAUAGUCGUAGCGUUGGUUUCAAAGAUUGUUGAGAUUUUAGCUAACUACAAAACUAAUCAAGGAAACUGGAUAAUUUUUUUCUCAUGUUUCCUAGCUGCUGCUUUGAAAUGUUUCACCUGCAAAGGUACUGAUAAAUCAUGUGGCAAGAGAAAGUUGGAGGGCAAUAAGACCUUCUAUUUGCAAACCUGUUUGGCAGGGUUUGACAGGUGUAUGAGAACUUGGACAAAAGACAAAGAUGGCGUAACUGAGGUGUUUAGCUCAUGUGCAAAACAAUCUCUCUGCGAACAGGCGAAAGAACGCUGUGAGGAUAACGACCAGAAAUGUGCGGUUGGUUGCUGCUCUAAUGACGCAUGCAAUGCAAGCUCCACUAUCGUCAUCAACAUUAUUUUGUUCAUCACGUGCUUUGGUACUGGCCUGACUCUACUUACGUGAUGCGCCAAAGACUAGAGCGAUGCUCGUCCUUUAUUUUUCGUAUUGAUUUAAUUUUUCUGUUACUUUUGACAGGCGGCCCAAGCGUGCUAUAUGUGAUUUCGAGAUUUAAAGGCCAUAAAAAGGAAUAUCUAAUAUGCUAAAUAGAUGAGUAUUGACUGGAAUAGUGCAUGCCAAAAAUUUCCUCGGUAUGAGUUCCGCUCUCAUGACUUGCGGUUGCCUCCACUCGAUGGAAAACGCUGUCGGAGAUUAUUCAAAGUUAAUUAAUUUCCGGUUGAGUUUUUGCUAUAAGGUGACAACAGGCAGAGGUGACAGAUAAUUUGGACAUUUGGGGAUGGACUGUGUGCGUUUGUCUCACGAUAGAGUCACUUUUGAUGUUGAUCGCGACGAUUACCAGUCUUCAUCAGGCGAUGAGGUCGAUUGUUGACCUGUCGCUAUUUGUAGCACGUUGGUACGCUGCUAUUUGUGCAUUUCGAUCCUCAUUAACACCAGUAGCAGCGUACUAACGUGCUACAAACAGCGACAUGUAAACAAUCGACCUCAUCGCCUGUUGAAGACUAGCAGUAUUGCAGUCGAAACGUUGCGAUCAACAUCAAAAGUGGCACUAUCGUGAGACAAACGAACAAAGUUCAUCUCUUAUCUUACACCACGAUGAAUAACAAACACAUAUUUUGUUACACAAUUUGGACAUUGAGGACAAUAUGAUCAUGUUAUAUAAUUAAGAGAGACCAGAGGGUGAGAGGAGUACAGUGUGAGAGAAAGGGGGAUCAAGUUGACUAAAAUAAAUGGUGAAGUUUCGGAACACAGCAGACUCGUCAGUCUCAUUUCCGACAACGCCCCUGAAAUCUUUGUAGUCAGCUUUGGUCUUUUCUAAUUGAGAGAAAAGAGGGAUCGCAAAAUUUAAUUGGCGUUUGUUCGCGAAAUGAAAUGAAAUGUAAUACUCGGUAAAUAUCCCUAAGAAUAAAUGUUCGUCGCUACAUGUCCACAACAUAUAGUGAAAUCAAAUUCUUUUCUUCUUUGAACGGCCUGCGGCCAAAAGUAAUUUCAUUAAAAAAACGACGCUUAAACGACCCAUGAGGGCAAAAAAAUACCACAAAUGCGUCGAUGAACAUUUCAUUUAUAUUUAUUGAGAUCUUCGCACCGAGAUGUUAUUUGGAUAUGCAAUUUUCAAAGCUUUAUUCCUAACCUUCAUAGAUUUUGUUCGUCUCAUGUCAACAAUUAUUAACCAGGCACGUAGUGUGGUCUGCCUCUGAUCAGAACAUUCGGAGUUGGAAAUUUGAUAAUUACAAAUAUUUGGUAUGUAUCAUGUCAUUAACAAAAAAUUGCCACAAAUCCUGGUCAGAGCUAAACUUUGAAGGUAGAAGAUUUAAAAUCGCGGUGAGGACCGUCAACACUUAUCUCGAAACGUAACUUGCUUGCUCCUGGUCUGUUUCGUGUUGUUCUGUGUUACUAGAAACUCAAAACGCUAUGUUGGAGGCAGUUUCCGUGAGCAGUAAAAUCACUGCAUAUUUUUGAAUUUUUUAAUUAAAAUUAGGCAAAUAACCAAAUAAGGCAAGUUGUCAAACUAAUCGUAACAUGACGUAACAAAGUCCAACUCAAACUCGAACACAUCCCACUCCCUAAGAAUAUAUAUCAGGAAAACACAUUUUAAGCGGCUAAAAGAGGCAAAAAAGCUACACUUAAUUUACAUUUCUUUUCUCUGUAUUAAAUACUUUAGAGCAAGGUAAGUUUAAAGUUGUAUUGAUCAACUCCUCACUGGUGACUGUAAUGCAUCUACAUAUAUUUUUAUCGUUCGUCUCAGGCAAAACUGCGCCAGGCAGGAAACGUGUGACUCCGAAACAGACACGGAGGCAGCCUCAAAAAUGAGUCGUUUACUGCUUACAUUGGCUGUUCUUGUGUCAGUAGCUGCCCCAGGUGAGUGA